UGCCUCUUCAAGCUCGUCGACAUGCUUCUUUUGAAUUUCGCGGCUGUAGGCUACGGCCUGGCGGCCAUUUUUGCCGUUUUCGUUGCUCGAAUCCUGUUCACCGGCUUGACAUGUUCCCUAAGCCACGUUCCUGGACCAUGGUACACGAGGUUCUCACACUAUGGUUUGAAGUUCCAAACUCUCACCGGCCGGCGCAUGCACUAUGUGCAUUCUCUCCACCACCGAUACGGGCCCAUUGUCCGGAUUUCGCCCACCGAGGUUGCCGUCGCCGACCCGGAAGGCUUCAACACGAUCCACAAGAUUGGCUCGGGCUUUUUGAAGGGGCCAUGGUAUUCAACAGUCACCGCUGGCGUCGAGCCGGGAAUCUUCGCAAUGGUCGAUCCGAAGAAACAUGCCGCGCGCCGAAAGCUCUUUGCUCGGGCGUUCACCAGUGCCUCGCUGCGCCAAAAUUGGGAGCGUAUUGUCCGGCAGAAAGUCGAGAGAGCUGUCGAGCGGAUCAAAGCCGACGCCCUUAAUGGAAAAGCCGACGUGCUGAAAUGGUGGACGCUGAUGACGACUGAUGUCAUUGCCCAUCUUUCCUUUGGAGAGUCGUUCGAGAUGCUGGAACUGGGAGAGAAAAACAGUUACAUCAAAGCCCUAGAAUCCGUCUUCAUCUUCAGCACGCUCCGCAAGGAACUGCCGCUGCUGUAUUUCUUGGCACGUCUCCUCCCAAUCCAGUCGGUGCAGAACAUCGUGCAAGCUCAAAACAUCGUGGAAGCGCAUGCCGUCAGAGCCGCUGCAAACUUGCGCCAGAACGGCCACUCUGCCAACCUAUUUGGCAACAUGCUCGCCGAGUGCGAGGCUGGGGAGAAGUCGGACCUGACUCCCGACAAGGUCCAAGCCGAAGCCGGCAACCUUAUCGUUGCUGGAUCCGAUACGACGUCCGUGACAUUGACGUACUUGGUGUGGGUUGUACUGAGAAGGCCCGAUCUACAGGCGAGGUUGGAGGAGGAGCUGGCCGGACUGGGUGACGGAUUCGACGACGCCGCUUUGGAGAAGUUGCCGCUUCUCAACGCGGUGAUUGAUGAGACUCUUCGUCUCUAUGGCGCUGCCCCAGGCAAUCUUCCUCGAUCAGUGCCUCCCAGCGGCGCGACAUUUGGCGGCUUCUUCGUCCCUGGGGGCACCGUAGUUGAGACGCAAGCGUACACCCUUCACCGGCACCCGAACGUGUACCCCGAUCCGUUGAGGUUUGAUGAGAGGCGGUUCCUCGACCAGGAGUCGCUUUCGAAGCAGCAGAAGCAGCUGUUCUCGCCCUUUGGAGCCGGCACCCGCGUCUGCAUCGGGCUGCACCUGGCUCGCAUGGAGCUGCGACUUGCCACUGCCGUCUUCUUCCGGAACUGUCGUGGCGUGCGACUUGCAGACAACAUGACGGACGAUAUGAUGGAGAUGCAGAACUUUUUCUUGAUCAGCCCUGUCGGACAUCACUGCGACUCGGCUCCGGACCAUGCAACAAAGGCAGCACAGAUUAUGCUGCAGGCACAUGAUUUCUCUGUGUCUCCCAAUGAGAUGGCGCCUGGGCUCGGCCAUGACGUAUGCAGCUUUUGUGGGCCCAUGAUGCAAGCAAGACGAAGGCUGGAUCAUACACAAGUUCGGAUCUUGACCUCAAGAACCCAUAUCGAAACCCCACACAUAUCGAAAAUGCCCGUCUGGAGCUCCUCGUUCGUAUCCUUCUCCUCCUCCGUCUCCGUCAACGGCAAGGAGAACAGCCAGCGGUACGCGAAGCAGACACAGCGAUCGCCCGACGGCAAAACGGUCAAGACUGCUUCCCAAAAGGGCGGAGGCCCGAUGUACACCGAGACCCUGCAAUACGAUUCCCAUGGACGCCCGAUCGUAGACGGCCGCGUUCUGCGGAGUGGUCCAAGAGAAGCCGGCCGCAUCGAAGACGUGUCGGACCAAAAGUCAUAG